UUCGAAGAAACAGUUCAAGAAGAAACCUCGGGUGGACUCAGACUUGGCCUGGGUCGAGGUCAGCAGUACCACGUCGUCCACUUCAACGUCCCGGAGCACAACGACGAAGGAUUCAUUGGAGGUUUCCGCGGAAGAAGGAAUGGAGCCGGAGUCGGGAUCCCUCGAAGAUCAAGAAUGCUGUCAGCAAGAUUACGAUUUCAUGAAAGAGAACCUCCUGCUGUUCUAUUCGAAGAACGGUGAAGUCAAAAGACUUGGAGGUUCGGACUCGUUGAUGGCCUCGAUGUUCGCACACUACGACACCAACGCCGACAACUAUCUGCAAGGCGAAGAGUUGUGGAAAGCUUCGGAAGAUGACAAAAUGUCUCAAUUAUCGCAAGCUUGCAUCUUAGCCGACAUGCUGCUAUUCGACGAUGUGGACAAAGAUGGCAAACUCUCAGUGGCCGAGUUCUACGGAGCCUUCAACAAACUCGACAGUGAGUUUCUUAAGAAGUUGGAAGUGGCCAUCGUUCAGGCGCGGGUGGGUGACAACGUCGAAAUCAAAUGCGAUGUCACCGGAUCUCCCCCACCUCCCAUCGUAUGGCGGAGAAACGGUUUCGAUCUCAACGCUCUGAACGAAGAAGAGAUCAAGGUUUUCGUUGAUGGAUCGCUCUACUUGACAAACGUACAGCUUGUUCACUCCGGAAACUACACUUGUCAUGCUCAGAAGAAUUUGAACAUCGUACAGACGCACGUGCUCCACAUCCACACGCUACCUGAGGUCCACGUAAUACCCCGCAUUCAGUCGCGUGCGCCGGGCGAGCUCGCCGAGAUGGAGUGUCACGUCACCGGGGUACCGGUUCCCAAAGUCAAAUGGCUGAAGAACGACGAGGAUCUAAAGAUGCUUGCCGAUAAGUAUACGAUCGUCGGUAACGGCACCGCGCUGAUGGUCAGCAAAAUUACGUAUUCGGACACCGGUGCUUACAUGUGCGUGGCAUCGAGCCCAGCCGGCUCUUCGAGGGACAUCUCAUCGCUCGUCGUCCAGGACGAGCCCGCACCGAGUGAGUUUGAGCGAAUUCCAUUCUCCAGACGUUUCUUCGCCUUCCACGACUGGGGCAUAUCCGUCUACGAUCCUGACAACUGCCGUCUUUAUCACCAAGUCCAGUCAGUCGACAUAAUCCCCGGUACUCAGGAGAACCUUUGCGCCGAACGAGGACAUCCUUGCUCGUGGGGCCGGGCUAUCAACGUUGCCGAUCGCUACGUUUACGUCUCGCAGCCGACCAAAGGACGGGUUCUCGUCAUUUCGCGCGUGCAAAUGGUCGUCGUCGACGUUGUGGUCACCGAUAAAUUCCCAGUGGAGCUCUACUACGUCCCCCAUCUCGAUCAGCUGUGGGUUCUCUGCUGGCGAGGACCCGUGGACCGAGGAACGAAAACGAUACAAAUUAUUCGGGACGCAUCGCAGAAGAAGAAACACCACACCGUCCAUCCAGAGCCUGUCGACGGCCACUUCGACCUCGUGAGCUCUCUGUUCAUACCCUCAACGUCUGACCUCGGCUUCCCAUGGAAGUAUGGAUACGUCGUCCACUCGGGUCAGAAUGGCCUGUCCAAGAUGGAUCUGCGAGCGAUGAAAUACGUGAAAACAAUCGAGUUUGCCAACAUCACCUGCCACCCGAUCGGGGCAGACUUCGCUGCUCUCGGUGGCUUCAUCGUCGUCUCAUGCAUGGACCCCGACACCGGGUCCGCCAACGGGCAGCUAGUGCUCGACUACCUGACCGACGAGGUUGUAUCGUUCAAAGCGACUCUUCUCGGCAAACCCCAUGUUUCGCCCGACUCGCAAUACGUCGUGACCCUGCACUCGCCAUCAGACAAGGAGAAAAAUUCUUCUAACGAUAUCACCAUCGUUGUACAGGCCGUAACUGAUUCAGGUCUGCACUUCUUGUUCGACGUGAAGACGACACUACGCAUCGCUGACCUGACAUUCUUCUCAUCGAGGACGUCCCACUCGUAUGAUCUGUAUGCGUCAUCCUCGAACAAGGAAGAUAUUCUUCUCGUUAACCUUCAAGACGGCAAGGUCGAAAUGAUCACUGGUAUAGGUCGCGCAAUAGAUCCUCGUUCGUCUGAAUGGGGCAACUCUCGACGACCCAUAGCGAGUGCGGGAAUAUUCGGCACUUAUAUGGUCACCUCAGCCAACGAAGCCGUGUUCGUUAUCAAUGGCAAAACACGGACGGUCAACUGCGAAAUCGGAAAUGUUGUUCAUCCUCGUCUACUCGUCUGGGUCAGAAGUCCUUAAGGUCGGGAUGUGUCGAUCGAGCGGAGGAGCGACCGACUGAACUGAUAAGCAACUCCCGCGGUCCCGACGCCCGAGGUCGGGAGUCUCCGGUGGCGUUUCCAUCAUCGACGUCCUUCGGUGGAUUGUUCCGUGUGAUCAAAACAUCGUCAACAGCUCCUCCCUUCUGUCCUGCGCUCGCUCUCCAUCGACUGCGUCACUUCAUCGACGAUUGGAGAAGCUCUUGCUGAAGUUCGCUUCGAUUCGAUUCGUCGGAGUGGUGGUCGAACCGUCGCUGUAGGGCUUCGCGAGGACAAGGGGCAACUGAAGCACGGAGCAACUCCUCGAAUAUCUGUACAAAAGAAGAACCGUCGGAUUAGAUAGAGAGAGAAAUUGGGAAGGGAGCCGCGGAGGACUGCGUCGGAAGAGAACUCGACCCGGACGAUGCGAUAGUCAAUGUAAAGAAGAACCCGUAGAGGAGAAAAACAUCCGAACGAAGCCCUAAGAACGGUCCUUAUGAACCGGAACAAAGUACGAAGCAUAUCUGACCACUGCGACAACUUUUAUUGUUGAGCCUCGAUGCUUGAUGGAUAUAAAGAUACUUUGGACUGCUUGUACCCAAUUUGGAGGAACACGAAUUAUAUUAUAUAAUAAUAAUAAUAAUAAUUACGGAUACGAUGUUUCGGAGAGCAACACACCACAAUCGGAUUAGACAACUAGGUAGCGUGAGCGUUUCU